GGACAGGUGUACCAGCGCCGCAAGAGCUUCGCGGAGGCGCGGGAGGCGUACAGGAGCGCCGUGCAGCUGGACGGGUCCCAGCACGGCUGCCUCGCCAACCUGGCGCAGCUGGAGGCCCACGCGGGCAAUCCGACGUGGCGAUGGAUCUCCUGCAGCAGGCCCUGGCGCUGGACCCCGCGAACGAGGCCUACAGGUCCUUCGAGCGCUGGCUGCGCGCGGGCGCCAGCUCGUGAGGCAGCACCGGGCGUCGUCGCUGGCGCCGCCUGGCGAGUUGCCCCUGGCGCCUGUCGGGUUGCGCCUG